GAGGUGCCCCAGGAGCAUCUGAGCUCACUGAGGAAAAGCCGUGAAGAAGCCAAGGCUGAGAGGGAGCGGCAGAGCGAAGAUUUACUGAAGCAGACGGAGGUGGAGAGGCAGAAAAUCGUGGCCGAGUGCAAGGAGCUGCGGGGUUUUUUGGAGGAGAAGGAGCAGCUUUUGCUGUCGCGCUUGGAGGAGCUGGAGAAAGACGUGGUCAAGAGGAGGGACGAGAGCGUGACCCGGCUUUCCGAGGAGAUCGCCCAGCUCGAUAAACUCAUCAGCGAGCAAGGGGGGGAAAACGGCCCCGCAAACCAGGCCGGACAGGUGGGAGCAACUGGGAUGAGUUUGGAGAGCUGGAUGUUUUGCAAACCCGAGGGCGGCUUCGCAGAGCUGGAAAAGAAACUCAAGAGCUUUUCCCAGAAGAGCGCGGUGCUGAAGGAAGUGUUGCUGGAGUUCAAGGAAAAUCUCCGUUUCGAGCUGGAGAACGACACAGGUGAUUUAUCGCUGGACCCCGACACUGCCAACCCCUACCUGGUGCUGUCUGAGGACAAGAGGAGCGUCCGGCUCCGCGGGGCCCCCCAGGACCUCCCGGCGCACCCCAAAAGAUUCGACUUCUCCUUCUGCGUCCUGGCGGCCGAGGGUUUCAUAUCGGGGCGCCACUACUGGGAGGUGGAGGUGGGGGACGGGGAAAGGAAAAAUUGGGAUCAAUAUCAAGCGUUUACCUCCCCGGAGACCCCACUGUCCCUAUGCGAGCGGCCGAGGAAAAUCGGGGUGUACCUGGACUACGAAGGGGGGUGGGUGGCGUUUUAUAACGCCGAUAACAUGGCCCCCAUUUUUACCUUCACGGCCGCUUUCACUGAAAAAAUCUUCCCCUUUUUUUGGCUCUUUUAUGUGGGCUCCUCCCUUUCCCUUUGCAAUUAA